AUGGUUGGAAAAACCCAGCAUAAAUUUCUAACAAUUGUAAAGAAGAAAUAUCUUCAAUGUUUUGAUGUCCGAGGCGAUAUUUUAAUGGAUAAGGAAGAAGAUUUUAUUAAAAAAAUAAUGCGAUGCAUAAACAAACGCGACGAAAAGAAAUAUGUGUUUCGGUACACCAUUAGAAAAUUUUUAUGCAAUGAAAAAUUGAAGUUUGCAAUAAAAGAAUUUAAGCAACAGUCAUUACCUGAAUAUCGGUCUUCGACAGACAAUCAGCCAUUAGGAGCAGAACACUCCAAUGUUCUUUCACGUUCUCUAUUGUCUCCUGCACAUGCUCAUAAUGCUCUGGAUUUAAUUGCUAUUAAUUAUGAUAAUAUUGAUGGCGAAAGUUUCAUGGAGGAUGAAACACCAUCAACACAGUUGCCGCCUGAAAUUAUGAACAUCAGCGAAUCCAUUGAUUUUGGCGAGUCCUUUAAUUUAGAUGACUUAAGGAAGACAGAUAAGGAAGUUGCUGAGCAAGUUGAUGAUACAGUCAUUGGAGGAUUUUCAAAAAUAUCGUUCAAUUAUAGUAAUCGUUUUAUUGCACGAUAUGAACAUUGUCAUUCACACGAGACAUUUGAUGGAACUAUAGUAGAUGAAGAAUGA